CUGCCUACGCAUUCUUAUGCUUAAUGGAGGACUCGUAUGCUUAGACAAUCUACACUGAAAAUGGAGCGAAAAGCAUUGAAGUCCAUUUCACUUUUUAUUGUUUUUAAUAUACUUCCUCAUGCUAUCAUAUGUGAUCGCUACUGCGAAUGGUCCAAGAAAUCAAUGACGAUAGCAAACAGUUGCCCAACAAAUAAGGCCGACUUCCAAACAGCAUCAAAAACUAAAAACUGCGAGUCAAUGGCCGAAAAACAAAACUGCACGGAAAAAUCUAAAUUCAAAUAUCACUGCCUCAUAAAUGAAUUAGAGGAAGUGAUGGUGGAAGUAUGCGCUCCUGAAUUUUAUAUCCAAGGAUACUGUACAGAAUAUAAUAUAAAUGGUGCCAGAAUCCAAGAUCAUCUUUAUUUGAGAAAUGGAAGUAUAGCAGUUCCCUUCACGAGUCGCUAUAUAUCAACUGAUGCUUAUAAAUAUUCAAAUUGCUAUUCACUGGUCUCGCAUACGAACAGCUUCACAUCCAUCUCAACAUUUAUCCAAACAACUGUCAAAUCAUCCAAUUCGUCAAAUGAAAUGCCAAUAGAAAAUGAAAUGCCAAAAGACAAAGAUAUUACUCCAAUGGCAUUGGUUAUACCUAUUGUCAUAGUAAUUCUAAUUUUUCUUGGCGCAAUUAUAUUUUACCUCUACAAACAUUCAGCAAAGAAAAGGAUGGCAAAAAAUACCACAUCAAAACAUGAACCUGAAGAGGAAACACACCUAAUGGAUCCUACAAAUAUUAGUAAGUAUUAA